AUGAGAUGUGUUGAAAAACAAUAAUAAUAAAAUUAUAUAUUAAUUAUUUGUGUUCGUUAAAUGUUUAAGCACAAAAAAUCUCCUUCACUUUUAGAUACAACGAGAUAAUCUUCAGAGAAAUACAGUUUAUUAACUAGUGAUGUUUCAACAAUAAAAAAACCUUAAAUCAGUCCCAUAAAUUUCAAAAAGAUUCGUACUCCUUCAACUCUCGUGGAGCCUAUAUAAAAGACCUCAAGGUAACUGUCAUAAUAAAUCUCUUCUGACACUUUAAAUGAAAUUUUAUCUAUUAAUUAAAAGAUUGCUGCUUUACAACAAAGAAAGUCAGCUUUGCUUUAAUAAUUUUAGAGAAUAGAAUAUUCUGAUACUCGAAAAGCUAUUCGUUAUAAUAAAGAUUUUAAUAAUAAGUAUUUCGAUAAAUAAAACAUUACAUAAAUGGAAAAGAAUUGGACACACUAUUAAGGAUAAAUGGAUUAAUAAUAUAAGUUUAAUGGUAAAGGUGUGCUGCAUUAUAAAAAUGCCAAAGUUUUCGGUGUAUUUAAAGACGGUAAUUUGGAAGGAAGAGCCACAAUAUUUGAUUAAGAAUGCAAGAUUAGGAUAGGAUAAUAUCAACAAGGAAUAUUAUAAAAGAUAGAAUAUGUUUGAUUUUAUUUGUCAGGCUCUUACAACUCGAUAUAUCCUAAAUAAUAA